GAGGCAUCGGGCGCUACACUCAAUCAUAUCGUCAAACUAACCAUUUUUAUCACAGACUACAAGAACUUCCCGACAGUUAACCAAACGAUGGAGAAGUACUUCUCUCGUCCCUAUCCGGCCCGCAGUACUAUAGGUGUGGCCAGUCUCCCACUGGGGGUCGACAUCGAAGUCGAGGCUAUACUUCACUUGUGA